UUCUGCAUCUGUCCAAUGCAUUUCAAUACAGUUAUCAGAAACGAGCGCGACUUAUUGCAGUUUGAUAAACCCCGCCAUAAUAUCAACAAGCCGGAGUCCAUCCUCCCUCAUCAGGAGUACCCCCAUUCGGCCGUUCAGUCCCUAUCGAUUGCCAACCCGUCGUCGUCGCCGCCGUGGACGGGUUACAGAUAAUGGCUUUUACCUGACUGUACCCACGCUAUCAACCGUGCUUUUGAUUGCCCAAGAUCAGUAAGGUGAUAGUUGUCGACGGAUUCAGUUCCCGGUAGACGAACAGGGCGGUGGUCCUCAAUGGUUCCGGUACUCAUUUGAAUGCUUCCGAAUAUCAAGUGCCAAAUAAACACUUAUCCCCGGGUGAGAGCCAGUGCAGUGGUUUGACUUAUCAAUUAGUUAUUUUUCGCAAGUGAAAGAGCAUACCCUCAACGAUCGAUUGAAUGAAUAGCUAAUCAAGUGUCGGUGUCCCCUCGAAUACGGUUGUUGAGCUCAAGUGAUCCACUCCUCCUCCACGGAGAAAACGAGAUGUGCAAUAGUAGUGCUUCGGCGGCUGGCGCCGCUGGAAGUGCCGCAGGGCCGAUUCCCACGGUGGUCGCUUCGGUGGCCGGGUAUGACGACUACUACGAUUCAAGCUGGCAGCUCAUUCCACCGGAUUAUGGAGCCACCGAUUACGACUACAAGUACGAGAUUCUGGAUAGCAUGAAAUUACCUUCCGCUCAGCGAUCCGGGUUCCACAUCAGCGACAUCCUUGAGCUAAACCCCCAAAACAGCCAACCAAAUCGCAGCAAAGAGUACUCUCAUCUACACAGCCAGGGUCCAUCUAGUACACCUCCCGAUUCCGAUCAGAUCACAAACCGACCGGGCGAUCCGAACGCUGGAGAAUACCUGUCUCUAGACGCAGAUGAACAACAACAACAACCGCAACCUGUAGCUCAGUACAACAACUCAUCAGCCCCUGGCGGUGGCUACAUUCCACUGCAAACGGUGGCACCACCUCCGGCUUAUAGCGACCUUCCCCCAUACUACCACCAUUCGCAUCAUCUAUUUCCGGGUCCGGUCGGUAGUACCUCUAGGACUUGGUAUUACGACAACGGCAGUGCCGAUUAUGUACCUGCAGUCAUUCAACAAAACAUAGAAAACAGCAUAAACCAGCAAGUGAGCCCAGAUAGCACAUCAUCUGUUGCCGAGGGGUCGGCGUAUGCUACCUUGGGUGCUUACAGCAAUAUCCCAACGGCAGUGAUCGAAACCUCAGAACGGCUAGCCCUAGAUCGUUCCUCACACAAUACGCCCCAUACGAUCGACAGCAAUAACAACACCUGCGAUGGAGAGUCCCUGGACGACAGCAUCGAGGUUGGGAACUCCGGCGAUGACCGCGCCGGAAGCGACUCAGGCACGGGACCUAACGGUGGCAGCAGUUCAAAUAGUCAAAAGAAACGAAAACGAAGAAUUCUGUUCUCCAAAACGCAAACCUACGAACUGGAGCGGCGGUUCAAGCAGACGCGCUACCUCUCGGCACCGGAGCGAGAACAUCUGGCCAACAUGAUACAUCUAACGCCAACGCAGGUGAAAAUCUGGUUUCAGAACCAUCGCUACAAAACCAAGCGGGCGCAGAUAGAGAAGAGUUCGACCAGCUUUGCGCAUCAGAUUGGAAACUCGCCGAAACGGAUCAACGUUCCGGUGCUGGUGCGAGAUGGGAAGCCAUGCUUGGGAUCGCAACAGCAGCAACAGCAACACCAGCACAGCCAGCAGCAACAACAGCAGCAGCAUUUCAUGAGUGGAGGUUUGCAUUCUUUGGUCGGUAUGACGGCCUCGGAGCACGGGGCAAUAGGACUGGGGUAUCAACCAGCUGGACAAGUUAUAAUGCAAAACCAUGGAUCGUCCACUGGAGGUAGAUGGUGGCCAUAAGCCGAUGCUAGUAGAUGGCGCAAUAUUUUAUGUGAUAAUGACUAAGUAGAUACAAACUAUAUUGUAAAUUUC